AUGCUAGAAAUUGAUCCGAGUGAUGCAGCUGUGGCAGAUUUCACAUUUAUCACCAACAUUACCUUAAGUCUCCCAGACCUGCUUGUUGGCAUUCAUGACCUCACUCUGAACCUUUCCAAUGAGGUGUCUGUCAUAACAUUUUCUGUAACAGUGGACAUUAGAGAACCUAUACAAGACAUCACUAUUGCCAUUUCAAUAGUAGUAGAGGAGGGAAAAGACCCUGUACCAGCAUUAGAAUUUAAUGGAAAUUUGGUCCUCCCAGCAUUGGUGCCCAUUAUGUUCACUCCUUCAGCUGGCAAGGGAAUUCCUUCAUAUUGGGGCCUUUUUGAUGAGAAUGAUCAAGAAAUGAACAUGACAGAGACCAAAGACCAGUCACUGUAUUAUAUGUUUUCUGAUGAUGCAAUACGUAAUAUCACCGUGAAAGCAUAUGCAGAGGCUGAGGGAUGGGUGGCAGCAGACUCGCUUCUAAUCUUCCAGGUGACAAAUAAGAUCCAAGGACUCUCUGUUACUGAUUUCAACAUUAUCACUCCUGCUCCUGAUACACCAUCUGGCCUCAUUAUCCAGUAA